UGUUCCCAUUAACCGGGGAGACAAAAAAAACGGAAGACGAGGCGAGGCUUCGGUUUGUCGAAACGGACAUCGUACCGUCGAGCAGACAAAGGAGAAGCCGUGAGAGACCUGUGUGAGUGUGUGUGUUUCCUGUGUGCCGGGGGCUGCUGCUGUAGAGCUGGGCUCGGACAGGGCGGGGUGAUGUUCAGGUUCCGGUAUAAAGGCAGCGAGAAAAUGAGAACCAGACAAGAUGUGGAACCGGCUGCCGACGCUGUCGUUUUAUAUCGGAGACUAGAAUGAGAAGUUUACUGUUGUGGUGUAACAGGGCGGCGGUGUAACCGUCUGGGGAGGCCGCUGGCGGGGGAGAAGCGUGUCUCUGCGGCGUCCCUCCACCCCCUGUCAGUCAAUAACAUGAGGACGCUAUUUACACUCUGUUGUCUCUUCCUUAUCACCGGCGGAGCGGACCGGGUGUGGGCCACCGGAAACCUCACUGUCGACAGCAGCAACCAGACCAACCUGACGGCCGACAGCAGCAGUAGCAAGUAUAUCAGAAUCGGGGACGGGUCAUCGCAGGAAUUUGAGUUUCCUGAAAACACCAACGGCGUGAUUGUAAUCUCCAGCCAGUAUCGGAGCGCCGCGGCCAGCAGGAAGGGCCGCCAGAGCUGGAAGCAGACGGUGACAGUCCGCUCGAUGGACCCAGAGGUCCUCUCAAUCCUUAAUGUUACGGAUAGCGGCCACACAGGUCUAGCCAAGAGCUACAUUAUCAGCAUCCGCUCCGGGUUCCCAGGCACGGCUCAGCUGCAAAUCCAGCUACUGGACCUGGACCAGGACUCGGUGCCGGUUCUGAUCGAGGAGAGGACGGACUACUCCAUCAGAGUGGCGCCCGGUAAUGAUGACCCGGCCACCCGGCUCAUCCAGUCGGGUGGCCUCUCCCAUUUCUCUGAGAACCCUGUGCUGUUUGCCUUGCUGCCCCUCAUCUUCGUCAACAAGUGUGCCUUUGGUUGCAAGGUGGAGGUGGAGGUGCUGCGGGGUCUGCUCAAGAGCCCGGUGCCACUGCUCUUGGGAGUGGUGGGCCAGUUCCUGUUGAUGCCAUUGUACGCUUACUGUGUGUCACAGCUGGCAUCACUGCCCAAAGCUCUCUCCCUGGGCCUGGUCAUCACCUGUUCUGCCCCAGGUGGCGGGGGCGGCUACCUGUACAGCCUGCUGCUUGGCGGAGACGUCACCCUGGCUAUUUCCAUGACCCUGGUCUCCACAGUGGUGGCGGCAGCAGCCAUGCCAUUGUCAUCAGCUCUGUACGGCCGGUUGCUGGGCGUGCACGCUGCCCUGCAUGUGCCGUUUGUGAAGAUCCUUGGCACCCUCCUGUUCAUCGCCAUCCCCAUCUCGCUGGGCAUGCUGGUGAAGCUGCGCCUGCCCGCCCUCACGCGUGUCCUGCUAGCACUCAUACGACCCUUCAGCUUUGUGCUCAUUGUAGGGGGCAUCUUCAUGGCUUACCAAAUGGGUGCAUCCAUCUUGGCCAAUGUCAGGCCCCAGAUUGUGGCAGUGGGGGUGACAGUGCCUUUGCUGGGGCUGGUGGUCGGGGCUGUCAUGGCCAAGGUGUCCGGCCUGGCCCCACCACAAAGGAAGACGGUCAGUAUCGAGGUGGGCGUUCAGAACAGCCUGCUGGCCCUCGCCGUCAUGCAGCUGUCUUUCCGCCGAGCGGAGGCCGACUUCGCAUCCCAGGCACCUUUCAUCGUGGCCCUCAGCAGCACCUCAGAGAUGUUGCUCAUUGUUCUUGGAUACUUUGCCCAGCGGAGGUUGUGUGGUUCUGCUGCCCCCAGGAGUGACGCUUGAUUGUAGCCGCAGUUUUUUUUUUUUUUUUUUUUUUUGUUUUUUUUUGUUCUGAACUUUUUGAAGAAUGAACCCUUUCAAUCCUGUGGAAAUUUGGUGUCCCACAGUCUUGGCUACAAGACGCCCAACUAUCACCAAUCCAGUCAUCACUGUUGUUGUACACAGGACAGUGAAUGGACUUUCUGUGAUUCUUUUGUCGUUGUUUUCGUAUUUUUCAUGAAAACCAAAGGCCUUUUACCCCUCUGAGACCUUUUUGUGUUUAUUUUACAAGAUGUACUUUUUAAAUCAGAUUAUACUGUGAGGUACUCAAUGUAAAUAUUCCUAAAAAGAGAAAUACCUAUAAAAGAAAAGAUAUUUUUCUACCAGAUUACUUUUUGUAAUCAAAAAAGAAAAAAAAUUGAUUUGUAUCAUGUUUACAAGAGGUCCAUGUGUCUUAGCACGGGGGGGGGGGGGGGGAUUCAGGUGUAAAGAGGAAUCGUGUGUGAAUCAAAUGGGAACAUGAUGAUAUUUUGAAAGUAUUUGCUACUGAUUGUGUUUCCUGGAUCUGCAAAUCCAUGUACUUGAAUAUUAGAGAGGAAGAAAAAGUCAAUAAAAACAUUGUCAAAGCAGA